AUGGGAGUCACAUUCUCGAGCCUGUGGUCGCGCCUCUUCUCCAAGCGCGAAACAAAGGUCCUCAUCCUCGGUCUCGACAAUGCUGGCAAGUCGACCAUCCUGUACCGCAUCACCAUGGGUGCUGUCGUGGCGUCUGCACCCACCGUCGGCUCCAACCACGAGAUUUACGACUACAAGGGCGUGCGGUUCGGUCUCAUCGAUCUUGGAGGACAGAGCUCGCUGCGGUCAUCCUGGAGCCAGUACUUUGCCGACACCGAGGCCAUCAUUCUCGUCAUUGAUUCAAACGAUGCGGCGCGCUUGAGUCUGGCCAAGACAGAGCUGCAAAAGCUGACCAAGGCGGAUGAACUGCGCUCGUCUCUCCUCCUCGUCCUCGCGAACAAACAGGACCUCCCCGCAGAAGAAGGUCGCCUCACCCCGGCCCAGGUGUCGGAGGCAUUGGGACUCACCGACCUGCGUGAGCGCGAAUGGCAGAUCAUGGGCUGCAGCGCGCUCACUGGCCUGGGCUUGAUGGAGGGCAUGGACUGGCUUGUCACCAAGCUCGAGGCCAAGUGA